AUGCUGACCAGCAGAGCACGCAUAGCCGCGAGGCGCAUCGCCUCACCCUCCAUCCCACGAUCACUUCCCAUUCGUACAUCGCCGUUAUGUCUCAACGCAUCCGCAUCACGAUUGCCUCAGCAACAGAAGCUCCUAAGACCGCUUGUUUCGUCGAGGACAUAUGCAAGCGGAGGCCGACCGCAACCUCCAGGUGGAACGCAUCGCAUGAACCUGGGUGGUGAGCCGGAAAAGCCUGCUUUGGAACAAUAUGGUGUAGAUCUUACGGAGCGAGCGCGUGAUGGCAAACUAGAUCCAGUCAUCGGGCGAGACGGCGAAAUUCAACGUACCAUCCAAAUUCUGUCGAGACGAACAAAGAACAAUCCCGUCUUGAUAGGCUCUGCAGGAACAGGAAAGACGGCGAUUCUUGAAGGCCUAGCACAGCGCAUCGUAAAAGGUGACGUACCCGAAUCGAUCAAAGACAAGCGCGUCAUCUCCCUCGACCUCGGAUCCCUUAUUGCUGGCGCGAAAUUCCGGGGAGAUUUCGAGGAGCGACUCAAGAGCGUCUUGAAGGAAGUCGAGGAGGCCAACAAGGGUGUCAUACUAUUUGUGGAUGAGCUACACACAUUGCUAGGCUUGGGUAAAGCAGAGGGUAGCAUUGAUGCUAGCAACCUUCUGAAGCCUGCGCUUAGCCGUGGAGAGCUACAACUCUGUGGAGCGACAACACUCAACGAAUAUCGACAGAUUGAGAAAGACGCAGCGCUUGCGAGACGAUUCCAACCAAUUCUAGUAGGCGAGCCGACCGUACAAGACACUAUCUCGAUCCUGCGCGGUAUCAAGGAACGAUACGAAGUUCAUCAUGGUGUGCGCAUUACCGAUAACGCUCUAGUCGCCGCUGCUUCGUACAGUAACCGAUAUAUCACGGACCGAUUUCUUCCAGACAAGGCUAUUGAUUUGGUAGACGAGGCUGCCAGUGCGCUACGCCUCCAGCAAGAGAGCAAGCCCGACGCGAUCCAAGAGCUCGACCGCCAGAUCAUGACAAUUCAAAUCGAGCUCGAGUCACUUCGCAAGGAGACCGAUAUCGCCAGCAAAGAGCGACGUGAGCGUCUUGAGCAAACUUUGAAACAAAAGCAAGACGAAGUGAAGGUGUUGACCGAGAAAUGGGAAAAGGAGCGAGCCGAGCUCGAUGAGAUCAAAAACGCGCAGACAAACCUUGAGAGGGCGAAGCUCGAGCUUGAGCAAGCCCGCCGAGAGGGUAACUUUGCGAAGGCUGGUGAGCUGCAAUACAGCAGGAUCCCUGAGCUAGAGCAGAAACUUCCCAAAGACGAAGAAGUCACUGCAGGGGCCAAUCGACAGGGCUCUUUACUGCAUGACUCUGUUACUGCAGACGAUAUCGCGUCUGUCGUAUCCCGUACGACUGGCAUCCCACUGUCCAAGCUCAACUCGGGCGAGAGUGAGAAGCUCAUUCACAUGGAAGACACUCUGCGCCAAUACGUGAAGGGUCAGGAUGAGGCUCUAAAAUCUGUUGCAAACGCCAUUCGUCUGCAGAGAGCUGGCCUAUCUGGCGAGAACCGGCCCAUCGCUUCUUUCAUGAUGUUGGGACCGACUGGUGUAGGAAAGACUGAAGUUUGCAAGAGGUUGGCAGAGUAUCUCUUCAGCACUCCCCAGGCUGUCAUUCGAUUCGACAUGAGCGAGUUUAGCGAGAAGCAUACCGUCUCGCGCCUCAUCGGUUCUCCUGCAGGCUAUGUUGGGUAUGAGGAUGCCGGCCAGCUCACUGAAGCUGUCCGAAGAAAGCCCUAUGCAGUCCUCCUGUUCGAUGAAUGGGAGAAGGCCCACAAAGACAUCUCAACACUGCUUUUGCAAGUGCUUGACGAAGGGUUCCUUACUGAUGCUCAGGGCCACAAGGUUGAUUUCCGUAACACCAUCAUCGUUAUGACAUCGAACCUUGGAGCCGAUAUCAUCGUCGGCGAUGACGUUCUGCACUCGGUGGACAAGGACUCCAGCGAGAUCUCGCCAGCAGUACGCAGCGCUGUCAUGGAUAUCGUUUCCGCCACAUACCCACCGGAAUUCCUCAACCGUCUCGACGAGUUCAUCGUCUUCCGCCGUCUGUCACGCGAAGCGCUCAGAGACAUCGUUGACAUCCGUUUGAAGGAACUGCAGCAGCGACUGGACGAUCGCAGAAUCGUAUUAGAAUGUCCGGACGAAGCCAAGCAAUGGCUAUGUGAUCGGGGAUACGACCCGAAGUUCGGUGCUCGGCCACUGAACAGACUCAUUGCAAGAGAGAUUGGCAACAGCUUAGCGGACAGGAUAAUCCGUGGAGAGAUUCGCAGUGGGGACACCGCCAAGGUCGCCAUCAACGAGGAAGGCACCGGUCUCACCGUCGCUGCCGCAUGA